CAGGGCUCGAUGCAUCAUGUGCAAAAGGUCAUGGUCAAGUUACAUUUAUUUUAAUAUUAUAGUCGUUUAGUAUUCUGUUCAAGUGUUGCGCCUGUUGAGUGGGCGGAGUUUAAUCGGAAGUCUCGCGAGUUUGGUGAAAAUAGCGUGAGAUCAGAUAUACGGCAAUGGAGAAAAGGAAGGAAGAAAUGCGGUCCAUGUUAAUAUUGUAAAUUCAUGCGGCAAAUUGGAUUAAAGCCAUCAAGCUAUAGAUUGAUUAAUAUAGCUCUCAGCUGGUGAGCAGUUUGGCAUUUCAGAUGUGAUGGGCGGCCGAUGUUGUGUGAUCGCUUCAGAAGUUGCUGGAAUUAUAUGGUGAAUAUCAGCGCGUGCGUCAUUGCAGAACAACCACACGUUUAUCCACGUUUGUCCAGCGGACUUUAAUCACACAAACCCAACACACACACUGAAUAUCGCAGCACACGAAGCUACCGGCCUCACUGUUAUCACCACAUCAUAUUAACCCUAUCAGUAUCAAACAAAGAUCCCUACUAACAUACCGUUUGUUCAAGUUCCAAAUGUGAUGACAUCACGUCUGAGGAUCGACGUCUGAAGAUAUCUGUGCCUUCCUUUCAUUAAGUGGACAUUCUCUGGAAACCUGGGACUUGUUGGGACUGAGUAUUCUCAAUAACACAUUUCACUGCCUUAUAACAACAUUAUUGUAUCUUUUUAUUUAAAGAACAUUGUUGUUUUAUUGUUUUGGUUAUUUUGCGUAGGCCUACGCUGUUUUAUUGUGUCAUUUACAUUGUGUUAACAUUGUGAGAAAAUAAUUCAUUUUUUCAUUAAUACAUUGAGUUAAUUGGACACAUGACUCUGGCUUCUUUAAUCCUUUCCUAGUUACUGGACAUUAUUUGUGUAAAUAGUACUCUAAGGUGAUUUAGAACCGUAACAGUAAUCAGUGCAUACUACAGUCUUCAAUACAUUAAAUGGUCCUUCGAGCCGGAUCUAUAACCACUUUAGCAAUGAUGUCCAGAACUAGUGAGGGAGUUAUAGAGCCAGAGGUUGUACGCCCACGUAGAGUAAUAAGACGGCCAACACAUUUGCGUGAUUAUGAGGUUAGCUAUCCACAGAAACAGCUUGCAUUUGCAGAUGAGCAGUCUGAUAUGCUCAGUUGUAUGCGUGAACUGAGAGAGGAAAAUAGACGAAUGAGGCAAGACAUGCAACGCUUAUCUGAUAUGAUUGUUAACUCUUCUGUGUUAGCUUCCCAGGUUUCAUUAUCUGAUCAACAGCUUUUGAAUGAAGGAGCAGUGGUGUCAUCUACACCAAAGUCUAUUAGUAUGCAGGAGUCAGUUAAGGGCGAUGGAAACUCUAGCCAGACAGAACAUACUCCUUUGGUGCCACCUAGAGAUGAAUCCCUCCUUACAGUUCGCAGUCGUGAGCAAGAGCUCAUUGAAGAGCUUACAGACAGUCUACAGAGAGCAGGUCGGCUUAGUGAUAGUACGCCUAAUUCAGGUAUGUCGACCCCUUCGUAUAAUGAUCCACAUAGUAGUAAGAAUGACUUGCCAUGGUAUGAUCACUAUUAUGAUGCUAAUGUUCCUCUGCGGCCACCUCAUUUAUCUGAUAUUCGUCAGCAAUAUCCAGAUGACCCAGCAGUGUUGCGGUCCACUAUGCCUCCUCAUGAUGUUUAUUAUCAUCCAGCAACGGAUUCUUACCAUCGCCGCUUAAAUGAGCAUCUGCAGAAGGAUGUCUUCACAGAUCGUUUCGAUCAUUUUCCAAAUGAUUGGAGGCAAGAGUACAGUCGAAAUAAUAGACCGUUACGUAUAUCAGAUCAUUCUCACCAUUCCCUUGGAAAUUCUGAGCUUCCUCGUCCUGUGCAUUCACCCCCAAUGCAAUAUCGAGGGCCGACUCCUACAAUUCCCGAUUUCGGUCGGGAUGAUCCCCGAGAGUUUUCCCGUCUUAAGCUUGCAUUAAACAAUGUUCUUCCUGAAGAUGCUUCUGAGUCGUUUAAGUUCCAAAUACUUAUGGACCACCUUAAGCUGGAAGACGCUUUACUUGUCGCUGACUCAUAUAGUCACAGUCGUACUCCAUUCAGUGACACUAUGAGAGCGCUCACUGAUAUGUAUGGGCAGCCACAUCAAUUGGCACUGCAAAGGAUCACUAAUCUGAUGGAUGGGCCCAAUAUCAGGAGCGGGGAUGUGAAGACUUUUAAGGCAUUUGCCCUUCGUGUCCGAGCACUGGUUGGAAUGUUAAAUCAGUUAGGUAGCACAGGUUGGACUGAACUGAAAUGUGGCUCACAUGUUUCUCGUCUCUUAGCUAAAUUGCCGUAUGACCUAAGAGCUAACUUCAAGAGAUUCAUUAACCCCCUUCAGACACCUAUUCCAACUCUGAUUGAUUUCGCAGAAUGGCUGGAAUAUGAGGUUCGCCGUGCAGGUAGAAGGAACACAGUAUGGGUCCUAUUUUGA